UGAGCCAACCAUUAAUAAAAACUGAAAUAUAAUGGGAAUUAAAAAAAAAAACUUGGCCUAGCAAAGGGGAUAUUCCCUGAUCUCUAUGCAAGAACUACAAGAAAUUAUACGUGAACUGGGAAUGAAACCUGCCAUUUAUGCCUAGCAUUUUAGAGGCCUCAACAAAGAAUUAUUUUUCUCUGGUAUUGAAGACCUUAUAUUACAGUCAGCCCCAGGGGCAUGAUAUGGGACUUAGUAUCUGUUCUCGUCCCUUUGGUUAACCAACCCAUUUGGUAUAGUAGCUACUAUGGUGGCUGACUUAAGUCAAACCAGAAGAAUCUGUCAUAAGGGAAAUAGGUUGAAAAAUGGGAAAACAAAAGGUCCUGCCAAUGAUAAAAUGGCAGAGAGGGGGUCCAUCAAGGUCUCUCAAAAAUUAUUGCCGAGAUCUAAUUUUAUAUAGGUCCCGGAGAGAAAAUCUACACAACCCAGUUUGGUCUUGGUAAGCCUAUGGAAGACAUUGCUUAAGGGAAAGCAGUUUAUUCCCUUGGAGGAAAGCUCAAGAAAACCAGGUGUGUUCCCCAGAGCACCUCUGCUAACAGGAAUUUUGGGAGUGGAUACACCUUACCCCUAGAGACCAGGGAUUAUGCUAACAUUGCUUGCAGUAGGGGGCAAACAGAGGCUGCAUGUUGAAUUAACCAUUUAUUGGUCUUGCACUUACAGACUACCAGCUCUAAUAGACACUGGAGCUGAAUGCACACUUACGGGAACCCCUUGAAAUUUGGGGGAAAAGUAAAGGCAGUAGAUAUUUAUGUGGGGCAGAUUAUCAAAGUUCUGCAAACUAGUCUUUACUUACAGAUUGCAGACUUCCUGCCUGUUGUUUUCUAGUGCAUAUCUCCCACAUUUCUGAGUAUUUUGGGCAUCAGUGUUCUGCAGGAUCUGAAUCUAACAACGACAGGUGGAUUCAGUUGUGUAUCCAAGUAGUGAAACUUGUUGUGGGUCAUGGCAAAAUGCGCACCUAUACAGCUGCUGAUUUCUAAAGAGUAAUAAACAUAAAAUGAUAUGAGCUACUUAUUAGGGGGGGCAUGAUGAGAUUAUUGCCACCAUUAAAGAAUUAGAAAAGGUGGAGGUAAUCAGGCCUGCUCAAAGCCCAUUCAGUAGUUGGUUUGGCCUAUAAUGAAAUUUAAUGGGACCUGGCAAAUGACAGUAGAUUAUAGGGAACUCAGUAAAAUUACUCUGCUCAUCCAUGCCAUGAUACCUAAUACAGCCUUAUUGUUAGGGGAAAUCAUAGCAUCCAUUAAGACUUAUCAUUACCUGCUAGACUUGUCUAAUGCCUUUUCCAGCAUUCAUUAGGAUGUGAAUCCCAAGACCAAUUUCCCUUCGUGUGGAACCAGAGUGACCUUCCAGGUGUUGCCCAAGGGUAUCUCCUUAGUCCCUCUGUUUGUCACAGGAUGGUAGCUAGAGAUUUGGAAAAAUGAAUAUUUUCAGAAGAGAUGGUGCUUUAUCAUCAUGUCAGUGUUAUGUUAACUUAUGAUGAUUUAUCCUCCCUGUCUCAAGCAGCCACCUCAUUCCAGGUGUGAAGUCUCGAGGGUGAGAGGUAAAUGCCAACAAAUCCAAAGACUGGGUUAAUCAGUAAAGUUCCCGGGCAUCAUCAGUUUGUGUAAGACCAGUGAUGCCACGGAUGGUCAUUGAUAAAAUGUAAACCUUCCUAGUCCCUAAAACGGUAAAGGAAUUAUAGGCUUUUUGUUGGUUUACUGGGUUACUGAAGACUAUUUAUUGCCUGUCUAGUGAUAGGGCAGACAUUAAGACCUUUUAUAUGCCUUGGUUAGGAGGGGAAGCUAAUGAGAUUGGGGUGCAAACCAACAAGAGGCUAUCCUAAAAAAUGACAGUAAAACAAGUACAGACCUUGGGGAUAUUAAUGCCAGCUGUGACUUGUGAAUUAGAUGAAAUUCAUGUCUAGAAGGGUUUGGUUGGGGCUUGUGGGAUGGAUGAAAUGAGAAACCGAUCCUGUUAGGAUUCUGUGGCUUCAAUUAUGGAAGGAAACAGAAGCCAGGUAGAAUCCCGUGGAAGCACAGGUAUUAGUUACAUAUCUUGCACUGCAGCAGAUGGAAGGCCUGAGUGCUGAUUUGCCUGUAAUGGUACGAACCUCUCUGCUGGUAGGAGGAUGAACUAAGGACAGACAUGUUCAGCAAACCUAAGAGUGCCUGUGCCCAGCUAUGCCCAUAGCAAGACAGACAUCUACCACCUAUGAACACCUCACCAGCAACACCCAUGCAGUUUGCAGCUCUCGUGCAGGUGUUAUCUGGAGACCCAUGGUCUGUUGGAGGAGGAGGGCCUCUUUUUGUGAUUGCUACAAGACCUCCCACGUGACUAAAAUGUUGAUGGGUGAAGUGAUGAGAGAAGCUGCCUUUUCACUUGCAGAGGCCAAGUUCACGGCAGGGGACUUCAGCACCACAGUAAUUCAAAAUGUAAAUAAAGCCCAAGUGAAGAUUCGAGCUAAGAAAGAUAAUGUAGCAGGGGUUACUUUGCCAGUGUUCGAACAUUACCAUGAAGGAACUGACAGUUAUGAACUGACUGGUUUAGCCAGAGGUGGGGAACAAUUGGCUAAAUUAAAGAGGAACUAUGCCAAAGCAGUGGAAUUACUGGUGGAACUGGCUUCACUUCAGACUUCCUUUGUUACUUUGGAUGAAGCUAUUAAGAUAACCAACAGGCGUGUAAAUGCCAUUGAACAUGUCAUCAUUCCCCGGAUCGAACGUACCCUUGCUUAUAUCAUCACAGAGCUGGAUGAGAGAGAGCGAGAAGAGUUCUAUAGGUUAAAGAAAAUCCAAGAGAAGAAAAAGAUUCUCAAGGAAAAAUCAGAGAAGGACUUGGAACAGCGGCGGGCAGCCGGAGAGGUGAUGGAGCCUGCUAAUCUUUUGGCUGAAGAGAAGGAUGAGGAUCUUUUGUUUGAAUAGUUUCCUGCUCUGGUUCUUUCAUAAGCCCUAACAUGGCACCAUUUUAAUUCACGGUGUGUAGGUUUGGUACGUGUCGCUAUUUAUUUUUUGGCCUAAGAAUUUCACUGGUGGUAACAUUUCCCAGGAUGUUGGUUAUGGGGCUGCCUUUGCAAAAUCCUAAUUCAGCAACCAUUUAUAUCAUGUGAGAUUUGUAGACCUUGCCCAGGAACCUGUAGAAUUUACUCUGCAGAAAUGGUACCCUAUUCUGUUUACAUCUGUUACAAGUGCUCUGCUUACCAAGCAUAUUAGGAAAUUCCCCUUAGGAAACAGCAGUGGCCUCAGGCCAGCUGUCACUGUAGCACCCUUUGUUCCUACCUGCUCCCCGAGAUUGCUGCAGCCAUCCUUGUGUUACCGUGGUACUUCUCUCAAGCUUUACGAAACCUUCACUAUUUUUCCUUGCAUGACAGGUCUCUGUCUUGUCUGUCAUGGGAGUUCUGCCAAUUUUAAUGUGACUAUGGUGUAAACAGUAAAAUGAUUUAAAAAUGA